GAAAUCGGGAAUCAUCAUGGCCGCCAUUACAGCAUUUUGUUAUUCUGUGCGUCCAUCAAACCAAUUUUUUGUGAUUGGAUAUUAAUAGAAAAACUGAAUACAAAUUGAACAAAAAUAUCAUAAAUAUAUAUAGAAAUGAUUUAAGAGGAACAGUAAAUGAACAUUGAAUAGAAAUAAAUCAAGUUAAGCGAAAAACACUAAAAAAAAAAACAUUAUAAAAACGUUUAACCAUCAAUCGUUUUGGAGCAAAUGUUAUGUAAAAACCAUUCUCCAUCAGAUUGUUGCGCAAUGAAAUAAAUUACGGAAGAGGUGCUUGUAUCACAAUCAGAUCAGAUUCAGUGAACUUAACAAACAACUCAAGAGAAUGGCUCAACAACAAUCUACCGUAAAUACCACGCAGCAAGGCCUAAUGGGCAUGCCGCAACAUCAUUUAAACGCCCCUACAGUUAUGUCUGUGUCGAUGAAUAAUAUCGGGCAUCAAAAUCAAAACCAAGCGGGCAUCACAAAACCGGAUGGGAAUAUGCCACCCGGUUUGGUCAAUGUACAAUCAUUUGUUGGAAACAAUAAUAUGACGCAACAACCAACAAAUUCAAAUCAAAAUGUUCAACAAACUCAACAACAACAAAUUCAAGUUGUUGGAACAACUAGUGGAAUAGGAGUAAAUGUUCCUGUCGCUCCUGUUAAUAGUAUGCAACAGACAUUUAGUGGAACUCCAUCUAAAGGCAAUGCCUCAACAACGGCCCAAGCGCCAAAUCCACCAGUGGGAGCCACUCAACCUGCGACUGCCAAUGACGGCCCUCAACAGCUCCUGAGUAAAACCCGGCUUAUGGAAUUGGUACGUGAUGUGGAUCCAACUGUUCAACUGGAUGAUGAAGUUGAAGAAAUGUUACUGAGUAUUGCUGAUAGUUUCGUUGAGAGUAUUGCAAAUGGUUCCUGUAAAAUUGCUAAACAUCGACAUAUACAAACUGUGGAAGUUAGAGAUGUUCAAUUAUAUUUGGAGCAAGCGUAUAAUAUAUGGAUUCCAGGCUUAGGGACAGAUGAACUUCGUCCAUACAAACGAUCUGCUAUAACAGAAGCGCACAAACAGCGAAUGGCAUUAAUUCGUAAAACGAAAAAUAAAUGAAGUGUUUUAAUUUUUUUUUUUUUUUGUUAUU